AUGACUCAGACGCGAUCCAAAAAUGGUAAACGAGGACGUCCCGCAAAAGUUAACCGAAAUCUUGGGGGCGCGAAUGUUGAUAAUGGAAAUGAUGCUGGAAACCAAGCACCACCCCCAGCACCGCCUGCUUCUGCUGUUCCUGUUGCGGGUGUGCCUGAGAUUGGUACUAUGCAGACGGCCAUUCAAAUGUUGACUGCUUUGGUUGUGGCUCAACAACAGCGUGGAGGUGUGGGACCUCAUGGUGGUGGCAGAUUUAAGCAGUUCCUAGACUUAAAGCCACCAGAGUUCUUUGGGUCACGAGAGGUGGACGACCCCCAACACUUUUUAGAUGAGACCUUUAAGGCAUUGAGGGCAAUGGAUGCCCAGGAUUCAGAAGCUGUGAGGCUUGCUUCGUAUCAGUUGAAGGAUGUUGCUCACGUAUGGUUUGAGAUGUGGGAAUCUGAGAGAGGUGACACUGCUUUAGCUCCGACAUGGGCUGAAUUUGAAGAGGCGUUCAUGGAAAGGUUUUUGUCUGAUGAGGAAAGAAUUGCUAUGGCUACGAAGUUUGAAAAGCUAGAGCAGGGUAAUAAGUCGGUUCGUGAGUAUAGUCUGGAGUUCACUCGUCCGUCAAAUCUUGUUGCUAUGUCUCCUACUUGCACUUUCUCAUCUCUGGUCGGGUUUGCUGAACAACAAGAAAGUUGGAAAAAUGAAGAGAGGGUGGAUCGAGAUCAAAACAAGAAGGCCCGAUCGGCGGGUGGUUUCAGUGGUAAUAAUUAUAGGGGAGGGCAGAGUAAAGGGUAUUCUGCACCUGCUCAGUCUGGAGCUUAUUCGCAUGCUAGUGUGCCUUCUGGUAGGCAAGGCCAGAAAAACAAUAAUAAUAGUAAGUUUUCGCAGGGAAGUAGUCGCCCGCCAGGGUGGGAAGAGCGUAUUUGUCAUCAUUGUGGGAUUAGAGGCCACAUCAAGAGGGAAUGCAGAAAGUGGCUACGUGAGGUGGCUGCUAUGAAUAACCAAAAGAAUGUUCCGUCUGUUUCUGCAUUUGCUAGAAAUCCGCCUGCUGGUAAUGAUAACAAUAAUAAUCAUAAUGCUCGUAACAACGGCAAAGGAAAGGAAGUUGCUAAUACCUCUGGUGGAGGGACAGCUCGACUUUAUGGGCUGACUCGUAGGGAGGCAGCUGAGGCUUCUGACGCUGUGGUUACAGGUAUCCUUACCAUCUGUUCUCAUGAUGCUUACUCAUUGAUUGAUCCGGGUUCAAAUUUAUCCUAUGUGACUCCUUAUUUUGCUCUUGAUAUGGGUAUGAAAUCCGAACCUUUGUUGGAACCCUUUGCUGUUGAUACACCUUCGGGUGUUCCUGUUAUUGCUUCUAGAGUGUAUAGAAAUUGUGUUGUUGUGAUUAAAGGCCGUGAGACCAUGGCUGAUUUGUAUGAACUUGAGAUGGUGGAUUUUGAUGUAAUUAUGGGGAUGGACUGGUUGUCUGCGUGUUAUGCUAAUGUGGAUUGUCGUCAUAAGUUAGUUCGUUUCGCCUUUCCCGAGGAGCCUGUUAUUGUGUGGGAGGGUGAAAUUGCUAAGCCAAAAGGUAGAUUUAUUUCCUAUCUUAAGGCUCAUAAGAUGAUUACUAAGGGGUGUAUUUACCAUUUAGUUGCUGUGAAUGAUACAAAAGCCGUAGUACCCGAAUUUGCAUCUGUUCCCAUAGUCAGUGAUUAUCCCAAAGUAUUUCCUGAAGAUCUUCCUGGUAUUCCUCCUGAUAGGGUUAUUGAUUUUGGGAUUGACGUUAUCCCCGACACCCAACCUAUUUCUAUUCCACCUUAUCGUAUGGCUCCAGCGGAGCUAAGGGAAUUGAAGGAUCAAUUGAAGGACUUGUUGGAUAAGGGCUUCAUCCGACCAAGUUCCUCACCUUGGGGUGCUCCAGUCUUGUUUGUUAGGAAGAAGGAUGGUUCCCUGAGAAUGUGUGUUGACUACCGUCAGCUUAAUAGAGUGACCAUUAAGAAUAAGUAUCCCUUGCCUAGGAUAGAUGAUUUGUUCGACCAACUUCAGGGUGCUAAGUUCUUUUCGAAGAUUGACCUGAGGUCUGGAUAUCAUCAAUUGAAGAUAAAAGAGGAGGAUAUCCCGAAAACUGCUUUCCGUACUCGUUAUGGGCACUUUGAGUUUUUAGUCAUGUCGUUUGGCUUGACUAAUGCGCCUGCUGCAUUCAUGGAUUUGAUGAACCGUGUUUUUAAGCCGUAUCUAGACCGAUUCAUUAUUGUGUUUAUUGAUGACAUUUUGGUGUACUCUAAGAAUCGUGAAGAUCAUGCUAAUCAUUUGAGGAUAACUUUGACAACACUUGAGGAGAACGAGCUGUAUGCAAAAUUCUCUAAGUGUGAAUUCUGGCUUGAUUCUGUGGCUUUCUUGGGCCAUGUGGUGACCGGGGACGGCAUUAAAGUAGACCCUCAGAAAAUUGCAGCAGUGAAGGAUUGGCCUAGACCCACUAGUGCAACGGAAAUUCGUAGUUUCUUGGGUUUGGCAAAUUACUACAGGAAAUUCGUGGAAGGUUUUUCAUCUAUUGCCUCGCCAUUGACUAAGUUGACGCAGAAGACUGCUAAGUUUCAGUGGUCUGAAGCUUGUGAAAGGAGUUUCCAAGAGCUUAAGACAAGGUUGACUUCGGCUCCUAUUUUGACGUUACCUUCGGGGUCUGGUGGAUAUGUGGUGUAUUGCGAUGCUUCUAGAAUUGGUUUGGGUUGUGUGUUGAUGCAAAACGGUAAGGUGAUUGCUUAUGCGUCGCGUCAGUUGAAGAAGCAUGAGAAGAACUAUCCGACUCAUGACUUAGAGUUGGCCGCUGUGGUAUUUGCUUUGAAAAUUUGGCGUCAUUACCUGUAUGGUGAGCAUUGUGAUGUUUUUACUGAUCACAAGAGUCUGCAGUAUAUCUUCAAACAAAGAGAGUUGAAUCUCAGACAGAGGAGGUGGUUGGAGUUGUUGAAAGAUUAUGACUUGAACAUUUUGUAUCAUCCUGGUAAAGCUAAUGUGGUUGCUGAUGCUUUGAGCAGGAAAUCUAUGGGCACGUUGGCUUAUUUGCGUGCACAUGAAAUCCCCAUGGGGAAGGAAAUUCGAAGGCUUGCUAGUCUUGGGGUCAGACUUGAUGAAACUGAAAAUGGAGAGUUAGUGGGAAUCACGCCAUCACGGUCUGAUAUUAUAGAAAGGAUUAAAUUCAAGCAAUAUGAUGAUGAACUUUUGGCAAAGCCGAGAGAUGGAGUAGAAAGGGAUUAUGCCAAGUUAUAUUUGAAGGAGAUUGUUAGGUUGCAUGGUGUUCCGACAUCCAUCAUAUCUGACAGAGGUACGCAAUUUACUGCUCAUUUCUGGCAGACGUUUCAAGAAGGUUUGGGGACUAGAGUGAAACUGAGCACUGCCUUUCAUCCUCAAACUGACGGGCAAGCAGAGAACUAUUCAAACUUUGGAGGAUAUGUUGCGUGCUUGUGCAAUCGAUUUUGGAGGAAGUUGGGAUGA